CACUGGAGCCCAAAUGAAGCCUUCGGCCCCCGGCCGCCCCUGGGGCCUCGUGCAGGUGCUGUUCUUGCUGCUGGCUGCCCUCCACACAGCGGCCGCCCAGAAGAAUGGCAUCAACAUCUACAGCCUCAGCGUGGACUCCAAGGUCUCGUCCAGAUUUGCCCACACCGUCGUCACCAGCAGGGUGGUCAACAGGGCCAGUGUUACGCAGGAGGCCACCUUCCAGGUGGAGCUGCCCAAGAGAGCCUUCAUCACCAACUUCUCCAUGGUCAUCGGAGGUGUGACCUACCCAGGGAACAUCAAGGAGAAGGCUGCAGCCCAGGAACAGUACAGCGCGGCUGUGGCCAGGGGCGAGAGCGCUGGCCUCGUCAAGGCCAGCGGAAGAAAGACGGAGCAGUUCCAGGUGUCGGUCAGUGUGGCUCCCGCUGCCAAGGUCACCUUCGAGCUGGUGUAUGAGGAGCUGCUCAAGCGGUAUCUGGGAGCAUAUGAGCUGCUGCUGAAAGUCCAGCCCCAGCAGCUGGUCAAGCACCUUCAGAUGGACAUUCACAUCUUCGAGCCUCAGGGCAUCAGCUUUCUGGAGACAGAGAGCACCUUCAUGACCAACGAACUGGCAGACGCCCUCACUGUCUCGCAGAACAAGACCAAGGCUCACAUCCAAUUCAAGCCCACGCUCUCCCAGCAAAUGUCACCAGGGCAGCAGGACACAGUCCUGGAUGGCAACUUCAUCGUCCGCUACGAUGUGCACCGGACCCUCUCCGGGGGCUCCAUUCAGAUCGAGAGUGGCUACUUUGUGCACUACUUUGCCCCCGAAGGCCUGCCCACCAUACCCAAGAAUGUGAUCUUUGUCAUUGACAAAAGCGGCUCCAUGAGAGGCAGGAAGAUAGAGCAGACCCAGGAAGCCUUAAUCAAGAUCCUGGAUGACCUCAGCCCCAAUGACCAGUUCAAUCUUAUCAGCUUCAGCGGUGAGGCGGCCCAGUGGAAGCCCUUGCUGGUGCCGGCCUCAGCCGAGAAUGUGAACCAGGCCAGGAGCUAUGCUGCCAGCAUCCAGACCCAAGGAGGGACCAACAUCAACGACGCGAUGCUGCUGGCCGUGCAGCUGCUGGACAGCGCCAACCAGAAGGAGCUGCUGCCGGAGGGGAGCGUCUCCCUCAUCAUCCUGCUCACCGACGGCGACCCCACCAUGGGGGAGACCAACCCUGCAAGGAUCCAGAAGAACGUGAAGGAAGCUAUAGAUGGCCAGUACAGCCUCUUCUGCCUGGGCUUUGGCUUCGACGUCAGCCUUGCCUUCCUAGAGAAGCUGGCGCUAGAUAACGGCGGCCUGACUCGGCGCAUCUAUGAGGACUCGGACUCCACCCUGCAGCUGCAGGACUUCUACCAGGAAGUGGCCAACCCACUGCUGACAGCGGUGACCUUUGAGUACCCCAGCAACGCGGUGGAGGAGGUCUCACGGGACAACUUCCGGCUGCUCUUCAAAGGCUCCGAGAUCGUCGUGGCCGGGAAGCUCCGGGACCAGAGCCCCGAUGUACUCUCAGCCAAAGUCAGGGGGCAGCUGCGCAUGCAGAACAUCACCUUCCAAACGGAGUCCAGUGUGGCGGAGCAGGAGAACGAGUUCCAGAACCCCAAGUACAUCUUCCACAGCUUCAUGGAGAGACUCUGGGCAUACUUGACCAUCCAGCAACUGCUGGAGCAAAUGAUUUCGGCAUCCGAUGCUGAGAAACAGGCCCUCGAGACCCGAGCUCUGAGCUUGUCGCUCCACUAUAGCUUUGUCACUCCCCUCACGUCCAUGGUGGUCACCAAACCUGAAGGCAAAGAAUGGUCUGAAGUUGCUGAGAAGCCUGUGGAAACCAAAAACAAACACAAGAACUUGUACUUAGGUGGUCCACUCUCUAGAUUUCGUACCGCUGGAGGCAGAAGGUCCAGAAUAACAGCUGGACCUUCCGGGAAGUCACCUAGUGACCUAGGGAGAGCCAGACCGCAGGGACCUCUUAGUCCUCCUCAUCCUUACCCACUUAUGGCUGGAAAAUCACUGCUACCGGACAUGUUGUUAGCCCCCUCCAUUCUUGACGAAGUGUUCCUCGGCGUGGAUUUAAGAGCCGAAGAUGCCCCCCAGGCCAGAGUCCCUGCAGUAGCUUCUGACCCUGUAACGAGGAGAAUCUGGGAGAGGAAAGCCUCGGGGAGCUCUACAGACUUGUCACAAUCAGCCAAGACAGCCUCACCCCCAGGUCAGUUGCCAGCCUCCCUCAGGCCUGGUCCCCUCCUUGUCCUUGUCUCCCAGCCUGCUCUACCUACCCUAGGAACCACAGCUGCUGUCCCAGCCGCCAUCCAGGCGCCUGCCGUCAUCCUGAUGCUGCCCAGACAGAGCGUGGACCGCCUCUGUGUGGACAUCAAGCACUCUCAGGGGCCGAUGAACCUGCUCUCAGACCCUGACCAAGGGGUUGAGGUGACCGCCCAGUACGAGACAGAGAAGGCCCGGUUCUCGUGGAUCGAGGUGACCUUCAAGAACCCCCAGCUGCAGGUCCGUGCCAUCCCUGAGCACGUGGUAGUGACCCGGAACCGAAGAAACUCUGCCUACAAGUGGAAGGAGACGCUGUUCUCGGUGAUACCCGGCGUCAAGCUGACCAUGGACAAGGCGGGGCUCCUGCUGUUCAGCAGCCCGGACAGAGUGACCAUCGGCCUGCUACCCUGGGACGGCCCCGGGGAGGGGCUCCGGCUCCUUCUGCGGGACACCCACCGCUUCUCCAGCCGCGUUGGCGGGACCCUCGGCCAGUUUUACCAGGACGUGCUCUGGGGGCCUCCGGCAGCGGCAGAUGACAGCAAGCGAAUGCUGAGGGUUCAGGGCCUUGAGUACUCUGCCACCAGGUUGCUCAAGCUGGAUUACCAAGAGGGGUCUCCAGGAACAGAGAUUUCCUGCUGGUCCGUGGAGCUGUAGUUAUGAGGGAGGGGUGAAGCCCCCCCCCCCCGCCAUACUGCACAAAGGUGUGUGGAGGACUGCCACCGUGUGACCGGAGGGCUGCCCGUGGGGCCUGGGCUGCGAUGGGGAGGAUAUUUUGACUCAUUACAAUAAAAACAGGUGCUGUAAGCCCAGGCAAUGGGCAUCUCUGCUUGCAUCUGGCUAAAUCCCACAUUAGAAUUAGAAUCUUAGAAUCUUCUUUUCUUUUUUUUAAAUU